UUAGAGAGUUAUGUUUUUAUAAGUUGGAAUGUGCAGGUGUGGGAAAAAUAUAGAUAUAGUAAAAUAUUAAAUUUCAAUAAAUAAAAUAAAAUCUAAAAAGGUUAUAAAUUUUACAAUAACAGUUUGUUAAUCUUCAAAAUUAUAUGUAUAUUGUUAGCUUUUUAGCCCGGCCCAAAUCAAAUGGGAUCAUGGGCCGUUUGUUAUAGUUUUGGCCUUAUCCAAACCGGCUUUUAUCAAAGUUCAAUUUGAUCCAAGCCGAGCUGAAAUGCAGUAGUUAAACGGGCCGGGCCAUGUCAACACCACGAGACCCGACCGACCCCCUGUUUUAAUGUUUUUAGACUCGAGUUCAAACGGGCCCAAGUCAAAGGGUCUUGACGGGGCUGGGCUGGACUGGGCUGAGGAUAUCUAUAUUUGGAAAGCUAAAUUUGAGACCCAUUAAAAUUAAUUUUGAAAAGUUGGUUCCCUCCAUUAUAAGAAACCGGAUCCUUCGAGUAAGUUUUGACCGGAUCACACGUGUCGUGAUUUGAUUGGACGCAGGUGAGGACCCACCGUACGAUCAGUGCUAUUUAAUAUGGGCAGAGUGUGUACUGCGCACUGCGAUCUGUGUACUCUGAAGCGGACAAUGCUACGCUACGCUCUCAACAAACGAAGCUAUUCAGAGCAGUGCGAACCCUAGCUCCGCAUCCACAUUUAUUUACGUUUGCCUUUAUUUGCUCAUACAUUCAAUUUCUCUCGAUUUUGGCUUUGAAUUUGGCUAAUAUAUGCGGUUGUGGUGAUUGUGUAGUGUUUUGCGGUUUGUGUGUAUGUUUUUGUUGUUGUUUUGGCGGUGAGGUUCGGAACGAGUUGCAUGAUCGCCGGAAAUGGCGUCGGCGUGCUUGAACAACAUCGGAAUGUUGUCGGAUAAGUUUUUGGACUGUAAACCGGUUAAAUGUCCGUCGUAUGGGUGGAUGAGCCCUAGAGUGUCGUUCGGCUGCGAGUUUCCAGAUAAAGAGGCGUCUAAAACCACAUCAACCAUGGUGAAUAAUGAAGCGGAGGUGGGAAAUGUAGAUGAAGAGAAGCAGGAGGAUUCAGAUCCAGAAAUAUCUGGCAAGGAUUUUGUAGAUUUCGAGUUCCGCCUUGAAGAUCCGGUGAAAAUGCUCCCCGCCGAUGAGCUGUUCUUCGACGGAAAGCUCGUGCCACUGCACCUUUCCACCGUUCAGAAGUCGGAUAAUUCAGGUUUGGAUUCGUCCGAAGUCACACGGGAGGAAGUUUCGAAAUCUCGCCGGAGAAAUGAGAUUUCCGCCACUGAUACUUACCUGUUUUCUCCCAAAGCGCCGAGUUGCUCCGGCCACUGGAAGGACCUCCUUGGCUUGAAAAAGCUGUAUCUAAACACCACUGCUAAGCAAGAAAUUCACAAAACAGGAUCGGAGCUGUCGUCGUCGGCGUCUCAUAAUCAGAACAGAAAAACUUCUAGAAGCGUCAAGCAGUUUCUUCUCCGUGGUUCCAACUCCGGAUUAAAUUCAUCCAUGGAUUCAUCACCGUUAACUCAUCCUCUGCUCAAGAAAUCCGACAACGAGUCGCUGUCAAUCUCCUCACGCCUAUCGCUCUCUUCAUCCCUACCUCACGAACACGACGAUCUUCCUCGACAUUCGCUCGACACCGAGAAACCUAUCUCCGCCGCGCCUCGUAACACACGUCAAAUCACAAAAAAUCUCCCCAGACCUCGAGCGGUCAAACUCAAGGCCGCCGCGCCGUCGUCAGAUCGGAGUCCAUUACGGAAAUCAUCGGAAUCUACACCUCCGGUGCGCGACGCUUCAGCAGACAGUCCACGAAUGAUCUCCUCCGGCAAAAUACUUUUCCACAGCUUGGAGAGAAGUUCAAGCAGUCCGAGCACUCUCAACGGCGGUCCUCGUCACCGACACCGAGGAGGCAUAGAGCGAUCAAAUUCCGCUCACGUCGUCCGCGUCACUCCGGUGCUCAACGUUCCGGUAUGUACACUUCGAGGUACCUCUAAAUCCACCGUUUUCGGUUUUCCUCUAUUCUCUUCUCCGCAGAAGAAAGAUUCCGCCAUUGCAAACAGAAACCAGCAGCACCGCACGAAGCUCCGCACGGAUCGAACUUCAUAGAGGACGAUGAUCUAACGCAGCAAACAUCUCAGGUACCAAUGCUUACUUAUCCUUCUGUUCUUCAUCCUAUCUAUAUGGAUCUUAAUAAAUUAGCAUUAUCUUCCUAAGCUUCCUCUUAUGUGAUAUUAUAAUUUGCUCUGCAAUUUCUUCCAGUCACUACUGAAUCUCUACAUAUUCAUAUCAAUCUCUCUUCUUCUUCAAAUUGAUUCUGCAUUUGGUAUUGAUUCAUGAUAAAAGCUUAGAACAGCAAGAACAAUCCGUGUGCUUAAUUCAAAAUUGUUACUGUCAGUUAACCCCAUUAGGAAGCAUCUGUUGUGGUUUAUGUUGUUUAAUUUGCUGUUUUGGGGUCAGCCUAGAAAAUCCAACCCAUCUCCAUCGUACCCACUGCUUGCGUAGAGAGAGAGAGAGUCAUUGAAUGAAACAAUGGGUAGAGGGAGGCAGGGAUAAAUAGCUAUAAAAUAUCUCUAUCAUAAGCUGUUAUGGAAUUCAGUUGUCGUUAUCUCCCCACUUCUCCCUGUCCUUAUCACCAUUCUAGGCUCAGUUUUAAUAGAGGUUUUUGGAAGUUCCGAUAGAGAUUUUUUAGUUUUGGGAAAUUUUAAUAGAAAAUAAUAAUAAUGAAAAAUUAAUACUAUAUUAGUGAUUAUAUUUAUUGUUAAUCUGUGUUUCAAAUAACAAAAAAAUAAAAAAGCAAACCUAUUGAUCCAUGGGCUAUUAUCCAAUUCACUUCACAUCAUCAUUUAAUUUGCUCUUUGUUCUAGAAUUAUUUCGUGGUAAUAGAGUUAGAUUCCGUGUUUGUUUAA